AUGUUCGAACAAACGAAACAGCCCCCAGACAAGUCGUCUACCAAUUGCAUAAACUCAAAAAAGGAAAAAGCAAAAAAAUUAUUCCUGCAAGCAUUAAACCAUGAGCGUGAUGAAAAUUAUUUAAAGGCAACAAAAUUUUAUCAAGAAGCUGUCAAGCUCUAUCCAAAUGUUCUCAAAAUAUAUAUCGAUGACACGGGUGGCAGCAGUGAUAAAAAUAACCCCGUAGAAGAAACCCCCCAGAGAGAGCAGAAUGUCUACUUAAUUAAUAUAUUAACAGAAAAUUUUUUUGGCAUCAUAAAGUUCCUGGAUUUUUACUCCCUCCAUAGAUUCCUCUUUUCCUGCAAAGGGAUACACUCCCAUGUGUCGGUUGAAAGCGAAUAUAAGCGGCUGUGCGACAGGAACUUCCGCAACUGUGAGGAGAAGAGCAGGGCGUACGGAAAUUCCUUCAAGAGGCUGUUGUUGGAAUACCCCCGCAUCCGGCACGACGGCGUCUACAUCAGCUGUGUCACGUACAUAAGAUGCCUCAAGGACAUUGGUAAUAUACACCUGGACCCGAAGGACAGAGAUCGAGUCAUUUACAACCCAUGCGUAGUGACCUACUUCCGCUACCUCCUUUUCUUGCACGAAUCGAACAAAGUGCUAGUGAUGCGCUCCGAAGUGAACAAAAAGGAAGUCAUGGAAGCGCUAAAAAUAUCGUAUAACAAAAUACGAAGUUGGGAUUUGUCCCUCCCAAGUUAUGACUUGAUAAAGGCUUUGAUAAAAUUUCAGGGGGAGACCGAAAAUGGCUUGGUUAAGAAGGUCAGGAUAGGAGAGUAUACAUUCAAUGAACCUGAGAAGGUCAUUGAAAUAAGUUACCCAGAGUCUCUCAGCGAACCAUUGAAGUAUCAAAAUAUCAUUCAGUUGCGUCUAAAAAAUUAUUUGAGCGCCAGCAACAACAUGCUGAAGUGGUUGUCCUUUAAAAUUCGGUCCAAGUUGAAGCUCAGCUGUUGCGAGGACACCCUCAACAUCAACAACCGGCAGUACAGGCCCUUCUUCUUCUUUCACCUCAAGUUCCUGUCCCACCUGCUUAUAACGAAGAUGCCGGAGACAUAG